AUAAUAUAUAUGAUAAUAAAUUUAAAUAAGUUCUAUUUUUAUUUUGAUCUUUUUUCUUUAUUGUUGGUUACAUCAUAUGCUUUAGUAUUAGAUAGACUUUCAAGACAGUAAGAACUGUGAAAAUAUAAAUACAAUAGAAAAUGGAUAAAAUAAGUAGAAGUAUGUUUUCUAUAAUAAAUAAAGUAGCAACUAAUGUUAGAGGUUAUAAAGUGGCACAAAUAGCUCCGCUGCAAAAAGCUGCUUUGGAAGAGCGUUGUAUACUUGUCGAUGAAUUUGACAGACCUAUUGGCGAAGCAUCUAAAAAAGAUUGUCAUAGAGUUACAAAUGAUGGUACUUUACCACUUCAUAGAGCAUUUAGUGUUUUCUUAUUUAAUCGGGAUGGCGAUUUGUUAUUGCAAAGACGUUCUCCAUGGAAGAUAACGUUUCCGGACUGUUAUACAAAUUCUUGCUGCAGUCAUCCUUUAGCGGAAAUAUCUGGAGAAACUUUAGAAGAUGAUGCAAUUGGUAUACGUAGGGCAGCACAAAGAAGACUCAAUUAUGAGUUGGGUAUUCCAAUCUCGGAGAUUAAUCUUUCUGAUUUCUUUUAUUUAUCAAGAAUUCAUUACUUUUCUUUGGGAGAUGGAGUUUGGGGCGAACAUGAAAUAGAUUACGUAUUAUUUCUACAAAAAGAUUAUAUAACUCUUGAUCCUAAUCCCGAUGAAGUGAGUGAAGUUAAAUGGGUAUCAAGAUCAAUGAUCAAUGAUUUUUCACGAACGAUAAAAGCACCGUUAACACCAUGGUUCCGUCUUAUGCUUCAGCAUAAAUUACAACUGUGGUGGGAUAAUUUAAAGACUUUAGAUAGAGUACAAGAUUAUUCCGUAAUAACUAAAUAUUUGUAAUGUGCAUUGGUAUAAUUUAUUUAGUUUUUAAGCACAGUCUAUGCGCUGUGUUUUAUUUUCAUGUUUACAAUCAAUUUUCAGGCCUAAUAGGUCCAAUCCUUUUACGUUAUUAUAUUAAUUAUAUCUUUGUGAUAGCUGUGUUAUAAAAGUUUUUUUUGUUAAUAUCCGGGGUAAAAGCAUAAUUAAAUGUGGAUUUUCUGUCUGUAUUUUUAAUAAUUAUUUAUGGUUAUCC